AGCCUCUCCCCGUAAACCUUACUAUUAAAUGCACCACUCUCUCCCCCCUUCCCCCCCUCUUAAAAUAUCCCCACACGCUCUCUCUCUUUCUCUCUCACUCUUCUCUCUCUCUCUCUCUCUCUCUCUCUCUCUCUCUUCACAAAUGGAUUCACCAAAGAAUCACAACAACGCUUUCUCCUUCUUCUUCUCCCUCUCCUCGUACCCAUGUCCAUGUCUUCAACCUCAUCAUUCCUCAACCACCUUGGCCUUGGCUACUCCAUAGCCAUAGCCCUUGCUUUCCUCGUUCUCCUCUCCACCCUCAUCUUAUCUUCUUACCUCUGCUGUAACCGCAACCGUCGCAAUAAUAUUAACAACCCCACCACCACCCACCGUGACGGCGUCGUUCUCCCACGAAUAAUCUUCGUCGCAGAAGGCGAUGAUGACGAAGACGGAGACGAAGAGCGCGGCGCGGUGGGGUUGGAACAGAACGUGAUAAACUCGUAUCCGAGGUUUCAAUUCAGCAGGGACAGCAGUAACAUCGGACAGAACACCACGUGUUCCAUAUGUCUGUGUGAGUACAAGGAUUCGGAGAUGCUGAGGAUGAUGCCGGAGUGCAGGCACUAUUUCCACGUCUGCUGCCUUGACUCCUGGCUUAGGCUUAAUGGCUCCUGCCCCGUUUGCCGGAACUCGCCGCUUCCGACGCCGGUUCCCACGCCGCUGUCGACGCCGCUGCAGGAGGUGGUGCCGCUGUCUCAGUAUGCUGCUGAUAGGAGGAGGAGGUGAUGCCUCUUUUUCAAGGGAGAGGGGAGGGGUAAUUUGGGUAUUUUAUUCACUAAUUUUAGAAGGAAAAAACAUGGGGAUCUGAUUUUUCUUUUUAAUUCUUAUUUUGGGGUUAUUGGGGUGUUGAAAAGAUUAUAAAGGAAGGAUUUUUAGUUUUUCGGGUUUGAUGUAAGUGGGAAUUAGGGAAUAGAGAAGUAGUAGAAUGCUUAGUGCUAGUUGUUGGACUAAUGGAAAUUUCAUAGGAGUUUUUAUUUUUUUCAAUUAGAAUUUAACGUAUCAUAGCAUAAAGUUAAAUA